CACACACCCCGCUGGAGGAUGCCCGGCUGAGGGAUAUUAUGCUUCGGAGCGGGACCGGUGUGUGUGUGCGCGCGCUCGGUGUGUCUGUGUGCCCGCGCGGACAGACAGGUGUGUUACCUGUGGCGGGCUUUCUCUCGCGCUCUCUUUCUCUCCGCGCGCUGCUUCCGGUCAGGUCCCCGCCGCGCGAGCGCCGCUCUGCUCCGCGUUAGACGCGCGCGCGGCUCCGGUUCGGACAGCGGCAUUAGCAGGGGGAGGAGGGGGGAGGAGGGGGGGUGAUCACGCCGCCGCCUCCGGUGAGACCGAGACAAUCGGGCCUGUGUGUCAGAGACAUAAACAGCCUUUAUUAGCGCGGGAGUGCCGCAGAGCGAGCGGAGACAUGGCGGUGUCACAGCCGAGCGGGGGAGAGGAUCCCGAGCCUCAUCAUCCUCAUCAUCCUCAUCAUCUUCAUCAGUCUCAGUCUCCACCGGAGAACGGCUCCGUCACCCCGGAAGCUCCGUCCCCCGGCCUGCUCCUGUCCCGUGUGGACGGCUGCGUGCUCCCGUUCCUGGGCGGGUUCGGCCGGUACCACAAACAGCUGGUGCUGCUCACCUGGAUCCCGGCGCUCUUCAUCGGCUUCAGCCAGCACUCGGACACCGUCCUGCUCGCGCGGCCCAGCACCACCUGUCUGAUGGGCAGCGGGGACACGGCGUGGGACAACCUCACCACCACCAGUACACUCACCACCAGUACACUCACCACCACCAGCACCACCAGUACACACAUCACCACCGGACACCCGCUCCUCACCGCGCGCGCCGCCGCCGAACAGCGCAACAGCAGCGCGCACUGCGCGUGCGACAACCAGAGCUGGGCACACGAGCUGCACUCAGGGCUCUCAGAGAACGUGGUGACCAAGUGGAACCUGGUGUGUGAGUCCACGUGGAAGGUGCACAUCGCUAAGUUCUCGCUGCUGGUCGGCUCCAUAUUCGGGUACCUGGUCCUCGGGGUGCUGGCUGACUGGUUUGGCCGUCAUGCGGUGCUGAUGGUGUCGGUGUUCUUCACACUGGUGUUCGGCAUGUCUGUGGCCUUCUCCAUCAACGUCACCAUGUUCAGCACACUCCGCUUCUUCGAGGGCUUCUGGCUUGCUGGGAUUGCACUCUCCCUCUACGUCCUAAGAAUCGAGCUGUGUUUGCCCGGCUGGCGUUUCUCCAUGACAAUGGUUGCUAACUUUGUGGUGUUAGCAGCGCAGUUGUUAAUGCCGGGUAUCGCCGUCUUGUGUUAUGACUGGAAGAUCCUGCAGGCCGUCAUCAUCGGGCCCCUGGCGCUAAUGCUCACGUACAUAUGGAUAUUUCCAGAGUCUCUGCGCUGGUUGUUAGCAACAAAGCAGUACUGUCGCGCCAAAUGGCUUAUUGAGCGCAUCGCUAAGAAGAACAACACAAAUGUGGAUAGUCAUGAGCUCAUCACAGAGCUGAACAGGGUUUUGGAGAAGCCAGCACAGAAGACAUGUAUAGUAAAGAUGGUGGGCACUAGGAACCUCUGGAAGAACAUUGUGGUCCUGUGUGUCAACUCGUUGACUGGUUAUGGGAUCCAUCACUGUUUUGCCCGCAGUAUGAUGGGUGAAGAUAACGAUCAUCCCACCAUGUUCAAUAACUUCUAUGCCGAUUAUUAUACAAUGGCGGGAAUCGCCGUGGCAACGGGUCUUGCGCUGUGUCCAGCAGUGGGAAUUAUGGGACGUCGGGGGGGCCUACUAAUGUUCAUGAUCAUUACUGCACUGGCAUCAUUACUGGACCUUGGCCUGCUCAACUUGAUGGUAAAAUACCGGGAUCGUUUUAAUAUGGAGCCAAAAACUCGGUCAAAUUUCCAAGUGGCGUUCUCCAUCAUCGGCAUGUUCUCCUCGCAGGCCGUCAGUCAUCUGAGCAUCUUCUUCUGUGCGGAGAUCACUCCUACUGUGAUCAGGGGCGGAGGUCUGGGUUUGGUGUUAGCCAGUGCCGGGUUUGGGAUGCUAACGGCGCCCAUUAUGGAGCUGCACAAUCAGAAAGGCUACUUCCUGCACCAUGUGAUCUUUGCCUGCUGCACACUCAUCUGCAUCAUCUGCAUCUUGCUGCUCCCCGAGUCGCGUCACCAGCCCCUCCCGGAGUCUCUGUCUGAGGGCGAGGGCUACACCCGCCACCCUCUACUGCCCCCCCACAAGAAACCCGCUGAACAGCGUCACCUGCUGCCAGGACCCCACGGCCGCAGCCGCGGCAAUGAUGAGAACGCCAACGACCGUGCUAACGACCACUCCAAUGUCAGAGACACGCCGCUGAGAGAGGUUGCCGUCUCCACCGUUGAGUCCACUGCCUCGUCCACCCUCGCCCUCGAAGACGACCCUGGUGACGAACUUAAUGCUGUAAGACUUAAGGUUCUCAGGCAAACCGACCACUCAGUACCUUCAGCAACGAAUUCACUUCCUGAUCUCGUUGUCAAUGCCCCAUCCCCUGAUGCCUCAGGGACCCCAGCCAUAACAAACGAUGAUGCCACCAAGUCUCCAGUAGAUGCACCUGGGCACCCUCAUGAACUCGUAACUCCACCCAUAACAAAUGUACCUCCACCCCCACAUUCAAUCUUUCCCCCUCAGACCUCUUCCUCACCUAUAGACUCUGACCCUCUGCUGUCCCUGCCCCCUCAGUCAGGCUCCACCCCUUCAGAGCCUCCUUCACCAGCCAAUUUAGAUGAAACUGUGAUUCGGUCAUCACCUCUGAAUGUGACUGAUCCAAUUCCCCCCUCUAAAGUGGACUCAACCCUGUCUUCUCCCAUAGAUUCGGCAGCGGACUGUACCAUCAGCACUGCUAAUGGGGGGGCGUCAUCCUGACGGGGCAGCAUUGUGAGGGGAAUGAUUCUUAAAUCCUUUGCCUUUGGCUGCUUCCCUCAAGCUGCUGCAAAGGGAUCUACUGAGAUAAACGAAAGGGAGGAGUGUAACACCCCACGCAGGCUUUAAAGGGUGCUGACUGGAAGAAAAAGGCGUCGAUCCAAAUUAUCAUGGAGACCACUGGAACCACUGGUGCUGAGUGGCUGUGAAGUGAAAAACUCUGAGGAGUAAAAUGUUAACAUUGUACUGACUAAUCAAGGAGAUGUGGAAUUGGCCACAAACCCAAUUCACUGGAAAAUAGUUUUAGUGUACUUUUUAUUAGUGUGCUUUGUAAAAAAAAAAAAAGUGCUAAAGGAAAAAACCCAAAGGGAAUUUAUUUGUUAGCUAACUCAGCCGCUAAACAGUGUGCGUUUUUGUGUGCGGUGCCAAGCCUAAAAGUCUCAAACCUGAUUUUAUACUCCAUUCACUAAACCCUAAAUCUCAAAGUUGAACAACUGAGCCCUAAACAUUAAACCCCCCAACAUGAACCACUAAUCACUAAUAAUUAAACCCUGUAGCCUUAACAUAACUAAAACUAACAAACCCUAACCCUUUGUACACUUUGUACACCUGAUCCAUGAAUUCUAAUUCACUAAACCCCUUAUCCCUGAACACUAACUCCUCCCUUUUUCCACUAAGACUUAAACCUAACUUCUUCCUUUGUUCACUAAACUGUAAUUUUCAAACCCUAACUACUGCCUUUGUCGACUAAUCCCUGAACCCUAACUCUUGUCUUUGCCCACUAAUCCCUGAACCCUAACCCCUGGAUCUAUCCAUUAUCCACUGUGUCCUCUUAACCAUAAUUCUUGAAUCCUAACUCCUGUCUCUUUCCGCUCAAACUUAAUCCCUGAACCCCACUUUGUGAUUCUGUCUACUAAUCCCUGAACCCUAACUCCCAGCCCUGUCCUCUAAUCCCUGAACCCUAACUCUUGUCUCUGCCCACUAAUCCCUGAACCCUAACCCCUAAAAGAGUGGUCCUAGAGUAUUUCAUCAGACUGUCCCAAGUCCUUGAAACACACAUAAAACCCAGAUAAUAAUUCCAGUGACUUUUUAUUAUUAUUAUUAUUUUUUACAUGUCAGAGCAUGGCUUCUGCAGUAGGUCACCUGAUUCAUUUCAUUCAAUCACAUGCCUUUAUGUAAAGUAAUGUGCUGAAAAAAGAGGGAAAGAUGUGAGGAACAGAAGAGUUUUUAUUGAAUUCUUUCUGGUCUGAUUAGUGAACUGAUGACGCGCUUGUUAAAAGUGGUUCAUGAUGGAAAGGUUUAGAGAACAUCAAUGGGACGCUCCAAUGACAAACCUAUUCACAUGGUCUAAUCCGUUAUCUAAUCACUACUGGUUCACCAUGACACAGUCCCUGAACUGGACCUUAUUAUAUAUAAGAAAUUUUAUGAAACUGGACCUUCAUACAUUUUAGUUAAACACUGGACCAACAAACCAUUAACCCCUGGCUCUGACCACUAAACCCUAACCCUCGUCCCCUCUUCACAGAGAAAAGUGUCUCUUAGUGAACUAGGACAAGUUUUGGUCUGUAGGGGACCUCGUUAUUCAGUGUCCUUUAGGGCAUACGCACACUACUGAUGAAGGGAUAGUUUAUAUUGGAGUGACCCCUAAACCCUACACCCUAAACCAUUAAACUCUUUGUUGAAAAGGGACAGAUGGUGUAAAAUAAACAAAACAAAAACAGAAUGAGACUUCUAAUGCAGGUCAAAGGUCAACCCCUGAGGUGUUUGUGUGUUUAUGUUUGUGUGGAUGUUUUAUCACCAUGGCAACAGAGCAUGUAAAUUUGACAAUGAUGUUGAAUAAGCUAAAGUGAACUAAUGUAAACGCACAUCAUGAUGUAAGAUACAGGUGUCCUCACUUUAGAUGGAUUUUUUUUUUAAUGAGAAUGUGUAAAUAUAAACACACACUGGAAGGGGCUUAACUACUGAGGAAGCAAUAAUAUAUUUAUUUACUGAUAUUUUACCUCCAUGUGAAAUGUUUCUUUAUUAUUAUUAUUAUUAUUAUUACUGAACAGUGGCACACGGAUAGGAUUCACCUCAUAAAUAUUAGAAAUCAUUAUAAUAUUUGAAUUAAAUAACAUUUUUUCCAGACUAUAAGGUUUUUAUAUGAAGU